AUGAUCGAUGAUGAUAAGACUCAGGCUAUGUUUAUGUCCGCUCUUUUAUCCAUACUUUUAAUUCUAUCGGGUAUUCGUACUGUUGGCGACGGUUUCAAUUAUUGGGACUUUCCUAGAUCGCCCGCUUCGGACGUAAUUAUGAAAGAUAUCCACGGAUGCGCAUUACAUAUAGAGCCCCUUUUUUACGGGGGUUUCAUUCAGCCACCGCAACGGCGUCUCCUCGAACAUCCGCGCAGGGCCAAGCAAGUAUAUCGCAGCUAUGAUUAUAACGUCGCACGAGGACACCGCCAGCCUCGAAAUAAGCUCGACGAGGGCAGACUUUAUCGUUCAUCAGCGAAGAAUGACGAAGAUGAGAACAAGGAAGAAGAGGAAGAGGAGGAAGAAAAUCAGAACGGUGAGGAGGAUAAGCUCAAUGACGAGGACAUUGACGAAGAGACCGCGGAACAGGAUGAGGAAGAAACGGUCGCGGUCGCCGAUAGAAAUCGAGUUGCGAGAUCCGGUUACGUGCCAUUCAGGGGUGAGGCUGAUGAACGUGAAAGACAAGAUAUGAGGAUCAAAUCGACUACUGAGGAGUGCGAGGAAGAAUCAACGGAACCGUCGCAAUAUUACGAAUACGAGACCGAGUUUCCAGUUUCCAAUCUUAAUGGUUUCACUGUCUCCUUUUUAAGUAACGGAAACAUUACAGCCAACAGUCAUACUCCAAUCUUUUACGAAAUGGCAUCAACUAAGAAGUAUGAUUUUGUGGAUGUGUGA